AACCCUCUCAGGGAAGUAUAAAAGCAGCCAAAACUCCAGGCUCAAUGGGAAGGCGACCUUGCUCUCGAGCGCACCCUGCAGGCCAACUCCGCGAUCGUCACGCUUCAGCAUGCUGCCUGUGCAUCUUCUAUUAUUCCUGGUGGGAGGGGUGAUGCUGAGCUGCAGCCCAGCCAGCCCAUUUGAGUCUGGUCAGUCUGGGAGCCUGCACCUGGAGCGCAGCGAAACCGCGCGCUUCUUAGCAGAGCUCCAAAGCGUGCCAGGCCAUCAGUGCCUGCGGGACAGAACCGAUUUCCCAUGCCCCUGGAAGGAAGGAAUUCACACCACACAGAUGACUCUGGAAGAAACCACCAGUUGCUACUCCCAGACCCUCAGGCAGGUCCUCCACCUCUUUGACACAGAGGCCAGCAGAGCUGCCUGGCCAGAGAGGGCACUGGAGCAACUCCUAACUAGCCUGUGGAGUGAGCUGCAAGUGCUGGAGAGGCCAAGAGAGCAGGACCAGUCCUGUCCAUGGCCUUUUGCCCUGGUCAUCCGCACCUACUUCCUGGGGUUCUUCAGCUAUCUGAAGGCAAAGGCACACAGCGCUUGCUCCUGGGAGAUCGUCAGAGUCCAAUUGCAAGUGGACCUUGCAGCGUUCCCAAGAUGAGGAGAAGCCCGGUGCAGGAAUCUCUCUGCUCUCUUGACAGCAGGCUCCCUUUCUCCAUUCAAAGCAGAUGCACACGUUCGGAGUCAGAACCAGAAGAAAAGGGGUCUGCAUCGAUGGAGAACAUGGAGUCUUUACAUCUUCCCCGCCCGUGCCCACUAGCAUCACACUGUACAUCAUACACUGCGAAUGUUCAAAAGAAAAGCCAUGCUUGUGCAUCUUAGGUGGCUUCUGAAUAAAUGGAUGACUUCAGGUU